AGUUGAAAAAAGGACCGACAGCACGGACACACCAACAGACAGUGAAGCAUGCCAGUGGUGAACGUCUUCUGCUGUGGAGCCCUGGUGCUCUGCUGGACCUGUGCGGCACUGACAGUUUCUGAUCCCACCCCUCGCCAUGCACCGUGCUAUGUGGAGGACAUAUUUGCGGCGCUGCGUGAAAGUGUGGGGGACGACGGUGAACUCAUAAGCAGCAGUUUCCCUCUGUUCGGAGUCUGCCCAGUAACCAACAGUCCAUCGGGAUCCGUCUUACUGGACCUCGCCCAGGAAACGAGCAGAAACCAGAGAAGAGGAUUGGAGGUUUUGCAUCCAACUGGAGUGCUUGUGACUGAGGAAGAGGAAAGAGGAGCCCUGGAGUUGACCUUUGACCUCCCCCAGUCUCCUCUGCUCAGGCUGAGCCACGUGCUGCUCCUGGUGUUUCAAAGUCCACCUAAAGGGGAAGACCUGGAAGUGACCUUCUCUAGUGCGUCUUUGCAGCCUCACACGCAGUCUGUGUGCAUUUCAGCAGAAACAGAGUACACACUGUUGACAGGAAACACAUCAGACGCCAGCUCUGGUCAGAAAUGGAGGAUUUCCGUCGAGGCCAAAUCCCCUGAUCAGAAGCAGAACCUUAAAGACAUCCUCAUUGGUGAGAAAUCAGGAAGUAGUAUCAACAUAACUCCACUUCUGCUUUUCUCUGGGGGAACUGAGACAAGUCGUGUUUCAGGAUCGACCCCGUCCCCGUCACAGACCUUCUCCUUCCUGUGUGAGCUGAGGCGCUUCCUGUGUGAGGUCCUGCCUCAGAACCGCCCCGAGUCCCCUCAGCUCCAGCUGGGCUCGCUACAGUCCGAGCCCUACCUGUCGCUGGGCUUGUCCUCCAGCGAGACCCUGCUGGCGGGGCUGAUCAACUCCUCGUCCACCACCGUCUUCUCCUUCUCUCGAUGGGGCUCCAUGCAUCAGGUGCAUCACGGACAGUUGGCUCUGUCUCCUUCUCUGUUGGAGGAGCUCAGGCAGAGGGUGGAGCAGCUUGGGAUGCAGAUAACGGAGGUGAUAGGAGGAAAGGAGGUGGGUAGCAGGGCCAAAGAGAGGCUGGGGAGGCUCAAAGAACUCAGUGCUUUACCAAAGACAGAACCAGGAGCAGGAGAGAACCAGUACCGCGCCUUUCUUCUCCUGAAGGCCCUGCAGACGGUGGCCCGUUCCCACGAGCUGCAGAUAGGACAGCGGACCCCCAGAGCCGGCUCCACUAACCCGGCGAGGGGCAACGUCUGCAGCCUGAGGAGUCUCACCGUCUCCCUCGAGAAGCACCUCAUGGGGCCCAACACGGCGGUCAUCAACAACUGCCGAGGCUCGUGCGCGUUCCCCAUGUUGAACACCAACAACCAUGCCGUGCUGCUCAACUCCCACAUCGAGAGCGGGAACGUGGAGGAGCGCGCCCCGUGCUGCGUGCCCGUGGCCUACGAGGCCCUGGAGGUGGUGGACCUGAAUGAACACGGCACUUAUCUCUCCAUUAAACCAGAUGUCGUGGCGAGGGAGUGUGGAUGCCGCUGAAGCCGCGUUCAAGACACUGGAGAGAUUUCACUUGUUCCAUCGUCGCUGUAGCCUGUUAGAUGAAGCAAGUGUUUUGUCAUGCGCACUAUUAUUAAUAAUAAUAAUAAUAAUAAUAAUAAUAUAAAUACAC